GCUAGGAUUGCAGGCAUGAGCCAUGCACCUGGCCCCUAGGGUUUUUUUUUUUUAACUUAAUAAUAUAUCUUGAGUAAUUGUUCCAUGUCAGCAUAUACAUGUCAGUGGAGCCUUCUCUGAUAUAGUCAGUUGAAAAGAAAAUCCCAGGGUGGUGGUUAAGCUAAUGGUGGAGGGGUUAAGCCUCUAGGGAAGGGAAGGGGUGCCCACGUGUGGGCUAUUGGAAGUCCAGGAAACUUCUAAAUUGCAUGUGGAAAAUUGUGGGCACAGAUGGAAUUUUCUGGGAGAGGGACUGUGGUUCUAAGGGGCCUGUGGUCCAUAAAAGCGGAGAAGCUCCAGCUCUGGGGUUCUGGGAUUUCUAUGUAGCAGGAGGCAGGGGCCUAACUCGGCAGAGGGCAGAGCCCUGGGUUUGGGGCAGCUACAGAUCAGGCUGAGUUGGGGACAGUGAUGCCAGCCCUCGUAUCUUCCUGGAAGAUGCCCGGGUUUUUCCCACUCCCAGUGGAGAGUCCCCGUGUCUGCCGCGAGGGUGGCCCGGAUUGACCAUCAGGAUGGAGUAUGGGGCCUUCCUGGGAUUAGAAAACCCCAGUGGUCAGAGCUGCGAGGCCCUCCGCUCACUGGAUCUGCGGAAUAACCGAGGCACAGAGAGGCUGAGGGUGAGUCCAAGGUCACCCAGCCUGGGACCGGCAGAGGCCGUGGGCUGUUCCUGCCUGUGACAUUCAGUUCCGUGCUGCUUCCGUGCCAGAGCGCAGCAGAGAGGAAGGGGCCCCGGGGGGAGGCGCGGCUGCCUGUUGCUGGAAGUGGGGGUGCGCGGAACAGAGGCCGCCGCCGGGGUGGGCGUGCCGCCCUCACACCUCGCCGCGUCCUGCGCCGUCACCUCCCGCCGGCUGUGUCCUCGCCCGCGUCCGCAGCCGCAGCCCCCGAAUUCCGAACACCGCGGCGCCGGGCUCGGUGGCUGCGCUGCGGGACGUGGCCGCUAGAGGGCAGCAGGGAGGCCACUGGGGUGGCUCUGCUGGGGAAAGUCCCCCGCAGGGAGAAGGGGCAGAGUGGGACCCGGCGGGCUGCAGUGUGGUUUGUUCUGAGGGACUUCCUGUAAAAAAAAAAGCAACCCAGACAUUGAAUGAUGACAUUACUGACAUUUAUUGAGUGCUUACCCUAUGCAGGGCACUGUAUUAGCUAUAAGUAAUUAGUCCUCACAACAGCUUGUUGUAAUUGUCCCCAUUCUGCAGGAGAGAAAACAGAGGCCCAGAAAGAUUGAGCAAUCUGGCCAAGGUCCCACCGCCAGUAAGUGGCUGAGCUGGGAGCAGCGGGGCUGGUGCCGGAGCUGUGUCACACCUGUAGGAAGUGCCUCCAAAUGGAGGCAUCGCUGCUAAAGAAUGACUCCUAAAUAACCUGCAGAUACUACCUGGCAGGAGCAUUGAUGGCAUUCCCUGUCUGUUCCUUUAAAUGCUCUCAGUCCUUCAAGUCUUACCACCGUGUCUAUGGUCACACGCAUGUUAUGGAUGGAGAAACCGAGGCUCGGGGUAGCUGUGAAUCGCGCAGGCCCGCACACCUGGGGUGACAGGUCCGUAGGCGGGCUCAGGGCUUGAGCUCUCGGCUCUGGAUUGUAGUUCCCCAGGACAGAGCCGUCCCCACUCCCACUCCUGCCCUCAGCUGAGGUUGGCUGUCAGUGAACGCUGAGCUUUCUGCCGGCAGUGGGAGUCCACCAACUCCCCUGCCUUCCAGCAGAAAGGAUCCAUUCUGGGUUCCCGUGUCCAAGGUUUGCUUGGGUUUUCACUAACCAGAGGUGGAGGGAGACCAUGCCAGAGGCUGCUAGAAGCCCAGGGAGGGGCCCUGGGGGUCACAGUCAGGCCCGGAGGAGGAGGACUUUGAGAAGUCUUUUGUAGUGGCUGAGGCUCCCUUGGGAACAAGAGGACCUGGCCCUGAGGCCUCUGGUUUCCAGGGCAGAUGCCUCCAGCAUACCAAGGAAGGUUGGCCAGCCCCGGGCCCGGCUCUGCCAGGCUGGCAGGAGAGAAGGGGGCAUUUCCAGAAGGGCCUGACUUCCUCCAUCUUCCCAUUCCCAUGCCCUGGCUUUGCCCUCCCUGGGGGCUGGGGGGAUGGCCUGUGGCUGGGCCUUCGAACACGUUCCCCUUCUGGGUGCCCAGGCUGUAGCCUGUGAGGCUGCGUCUCACUGCCUUAGGGAUCUGAGCCUCCAGCUGCUCCAGUUACUUCUGAUUUGUUAGCAAAGCUGCAGCUUAAGUUUCUCUGGGUGGGGGUGAGGAGGAGGAGUUGGGGGAAGAGACUUAAACGGUCCCCUCCCUGGCAAGAUGGCAAGAUGCUAAGAUGCUCCUCUUUAAAGAAAACCCUGGGGUGAAUUCUGUUUUUGGAACUGGAAUCCUAGAAUUAAGUGAAGACUCCUUAAAGGUUCUAUUUGCAGUCUUGUUGGGGACCAAAGGGGGUAGGACAUGAGUGGAGACAGGGAGUGGAUCAGGGAAGAGGAUUUGAACGUGGACUUCAUAGCACAUUGCCUGGGCUGGAAUCCUGCUUCUACCCCUUCCUAGGGGUGUGAACUUGGAGAAGUUAUCUGACAUUGGGGAGCCUCAGCGUCCUCAUCUGUAAAAUGGGGUUGUGACAGUGUCAGCCUCAUAGAGUUGGCAUGAGAGCGAGAGGAGCUAAUGGCUGGGAGUGUAUGCCUGGGAGAGACACCAGGAAGGCCCAGGAAGUUCUCACCUUCCUUCACGCUAUGUAACCCACAGUGCCCAGAACAGUGCCUGGCACACGCUGGGUAUCUGAUAGAUGUCUGUGAAUAAAUACAAAGGAAGUGCCUCCAAAUGGAGGCAUCGCUGCUAAAGAAUGACUCCUAAAUAACCUGCAGAUACUACCUGGCACGAGCAUUGAUGGCAUUCCCUGUCUGUUUCUUUAAAGGCAUUCCCAUUUGUCUUGAGGCACCUGGCAAGCCCACAAUUGGCCCACAAUUUCCGGGGUUUAAAGCAGAGAGGCCAUCUCCCUGGGUCCCUGGGCCAGCCCCCGGGGUGGAGGCCAGCGUCCUCUGAUGCCACUGGGUAAGGCUGGGCGGGAUGGGGUGUGGUCAGGGGUGUGAUUUUCUCUGAUCCCAUUGAGAAAUUCCUAAGAAUCUAGACUGUGCGGCUUUCCCUAUUUACUGCCACUCAGUGAUCUGGUACCGAUUCCUGUAGGUAACGAGUGGAAUUUCGUAUUUGAAACAGGACUCGAUUUCUCUAUCUGGGCAAUGGGAGUGAGGACCCUGACCUCCUCGAGGGGGUUGUCGGGAGUAACACGGUGCUAGAAGUUGGGCGCAUAAGCCAGGCGGCACUGCAGGUUUGGGAAAUGAGGAUCCACUCGCUCCGCGCCCAAAGGACUUGCGCCAAACAGCGGGGUGUGGGCAGAGUGUUCACAAAGCACAUGAGGUCACCCGUCAGCCAGGAGCCAAGAGAGCCACAAGAGCAGACAGCAAAGGGAGAGGACGUGCUCCAGGUCUCGGACCCGUCUGCCCGCCCCUUCUCAGGCUUGAUCCCUCUCUUGUCAAGGCACCAGUGGGCUGGCUGCAAGUUGAAGGCCAAGUACGUCUAAGCUGGAGGAACAGAAAGUCAAAUGUCCUUACAGGGAAAGAGCCUGGGCUCUGGGGAACCUGCCAGACUGGGGCUGAGCCAGGCCAGUUACUCCUCCUCUGGGCCUCAGCCUUCUCACCUGUGAAGUGAGCUGACGCCGGCUUCCACAGGAAGUUCUUGUGAGGGGGAAAUGAGCUGGUGCCGGCGAAGGGAAGUGCGCAAUAGAUGCUCACUGAAAUAAUGCAGCCAUCUUGGUGUUUGCACUCCAGCGCUCAGAGCGCCAAGGUCAGGAAUGCUCCCUGGUCCACUUUUGCUUUGAGUUUCAGGUAGCUGGUCUCCUCCCUUCCGUGUGGUUGGAAGAAGGAUCCCCCUGCCCAGCUGUCCCCUCGGAGCUGCCCUUUCGACCUGGAGCCCUGGGUCUGCUGGUCACAGGCCGGGACCACUGGCUAAAACUGGAGGCGCUGGCAGCUGUGGACUCCCCAGCUUGGAGCAGCCCCUCUUUGACCUCGAGCCGUGGAGAAGCAGCCCCAUGAAGGUGCCCAGCCAUGCAAUGUUCCUGGAAGGCCGUCCUCCUCCUUGCCCUGGCCUCCAUCGCAAUCCAGUACACCGCCAUCCGCACCUUCACCGCCAAGUCCUUCCACACCUGCCCGGGGCUGGCGGAGGCCGGGCUGGCCGAGCGCCUGUGCGAGGAGGGCCCCACCUUCGCCUACAACCUGUCGCGCAAGACCCACAUCCUCAUCCUGGCCACCACGCGCAGCGGCUCCUCCUUCGUGGGCCAGCUCUUCAACCAGCACCUGGACGUCUUCUACCUGUUUGAGCCGCUCUACCACGUCCAGAACACGCUCAUCCCCCGCUUCACCCAGGGCAAGAGCCCGGCCGACCGGCGGGUCAUGCUGGGUGCCAGCCGCGACCUCCUGCGGAGCCUUUAUGACUGUGACCUCUACUUCCUGGAGAACUACAUCAAGCCGCCGCCGGUCAACCACACCACCGACAGGAUCUUCCGCCGCGGGGCCAGCAGGGUCCUCUGCUCGCGCCCGGUGUGCGACCCUCCGGGGCCCGCGGACCUGGUCCUGGAGGAGGGGGACUGCGUGCGCAAGUGCGGCCUGCUGAACCUGACCGUGGCGGCGGAGGCCUGUCGCGAGCGCAGCCACGUGGCCAUCAAGACGGUGCGGGUGCCCGAGGUUAACGACUUGCGGGCUCUGGUCGAAGACCCCCGGUUAAACCUCAAGGUCAUCCAGCUGGUGCGAGACCCUCGCGGCAUUCUGGCUUCGCGCAGCGAGACCUUCCGCGACACGUACCGGCUCUGGCGGCUCUGGUACGGCACCGGGAGGAAGCCCUACAACCUGGAUGUGACGCAGCUGACCACGGUGUGCGAGGACUUCUCCAACUCCGUGUCCACCGGCCUCACGCGGCCCGCGUGGCUCAAGGGCAAGUACAUGUUGGUGCGCUACGAGGACCUGGCGCGGAACCCCAUGAAGAAGACCGAGGAGAUCUACGGGUUCCUGGGCAUCCCCUUGGACAGCCACGUGGCGCGCUGGAUCCAGAACAACACGCGGGGCGACCCCACCCUGGGCAAGCACAAAUACGGCACCGUGCGAAACUCGGCCGCCACGGCCGAGAAGUGGCGCUUCCGCCUCUCCUACGACAUUGUGGCCUUUGCGCAGAACGCCUGUCAGCAGGUGCUGGCGCAGCUGGGCUACAGGAUGGCCAGGUCGGAGGAGGAGCUGAAGAACCCCUCGGUCAGCCUGGUGGAGGAGCGGGACUUCCGCCCCUUCUCGUGACGCGGGCGCCCGGGUGGGGUGGGAGGCACUUGUGUCGGUUUUGAUAAAAUGGACCGUUUUUAACUGUUGCCUUAUUUCCCCCGCCCUCUCCCACCCGGUCUUUGUGUCCUUCCCGCCUCCUGCCCACCCCGCUCCCUUCUGCCUCUUCUUGUCUCUGAAAUUUGCACUACGUCUCCGGCGGGAGUCACUGGGGCAGAGGGCGGCGGAGGGGGCUCCGGCCCGCCCCGCCCCAUUCAGACACUCGGACGUUGGGUCUCUGCGUGGACGGUGACAAUGUUUACAAGCACCACACUCACACAUUCGCACACACACGGCACCCUCGAGGAGAGGCCCAAGCCACACAGCUUCUCCAGACUGUUGAAUGGAUGAGUGGUGGGGGUAUUGUAGUUUUUGCACUGUCUCAUACAAGGUAAGCAGAUCCAAACAGAAGGACCACUUCCCUCUAAUUUAUGAAUGGUGUCCACCCCUUCCGCACCCCUGCUUCCUGCCCCAACGCCCACCUCCCCCCCUUAGAGCAGAGAAACUGCCCCCUCCUGCCCACCCUUGCCUGUCGGUGAGCAGGUUUUUACUGUGAGGUGAAUGUGGACCUUGUUUAUUUUUUCCAGUCUGUGGCGAUGCUGUCUGUCUGUCUGAGUCUUGUGGCUGCCCUCGGACCAGUGAUGACUGAUGAAUCUUAGGAGUUUCUGAUUGAUCUUGGGGGUCCAUCUGUGAUAUUUCUUUGUGCCAAAAAGAAAAAAAAAAGAGUGGAUCAGUUUGCUAAAUGAACAUUGAAAUGCUUUAUCUGUGUUUUCUGUAAAUAAAAGAGUGCAAUAA